AUGGUACCGCAGCCGGGCCUUGGUGUUCCUAUGACUGCAGGGCCCAAAGGGCGGAGUUUCCGCUUCCGGCCGAGGAUUGUUGACGACGACUGCGGCGGCGCUAGGGCCGGGGCUCAGAAGGGAAGGGUCAUUUCGGGAGUGGAGAGCACAGUGACAGCUACAGCUGCGGCCAGGACUGUGGCGACAAUGGCGGAGGGGUCAGAUAAAGCCCAAGUCCGCCUUCCCAGGCAGCGAGGCAAGCGGGAGAUCAGAGGCGGGGGCCGCGACUCCGAAACCUCCACUUCCAGCUCUUCGGCCGUCCAUCCUUUCCCGAACAAACCGCCCCGGUCACCGCUUCGAAGGAAGCCCGAGGCAAAGAGCCACGCUCCGCCCUCAUCCUCAAAGGCGGGUCGGGAACGCGGCGGCGGCGGCGGCGGCUCCUCCGGGCAGCAGCCGAAGCCGACGGCGCGCGAGUACUCCCGGCAGGUGCACGAGUGGCUGUGGCAGUCGUACUGCGGCUACCUGACCUGGCAGAGCGGCCUCCUGGCUUUCCCCGCCUACGGCAGUCCCCCACCGCAGCAACCGCUACCGCAGCAGCAGGCUUCGCCGUCCUGCGCCCCGGGAAACGGCAGCCCCCACAACGGCCAACCGGCAGUACACCCGCUAGCCCCACUGGGCUACUAUAACCCUUUCUACUGCCUCGCCACCCCACCAGGGGCCGACCCCGCAGCAGCCGCGGCCUCCGCAGCAGCUGCCGCCGCCGCUGCCGCAGCCGCAGCCGCCCCCUCUCAGGGGGCCCGGGCUCCCAACUGGCAGGGAUCGGCCAGGAUAGCCCCGGUAACCAGGUCUGGAGGGGUCUCAGCGCCGCGGCAACCGAACGAGAAUGGUCGUCCUGCUGGUAGAGAAUAUGCUAUUCCAUCCUUGGCACACAGAUUUAUGGCAGAGAUGGUGGAUUUCUUUAUUCUAUUUUUUAUAAAAGCAACCAUGGUUUUAACUAUUAUGCAUGUCAGUGGAAUAAAGGACAUUUCUAAGUUUGCUAUGCAUUAUAUAAUAGAAGAAAUAGAUGAAGACACAUCAAUGGAAGACCUGCAGAAAAUGAUGAUUGUGGCUCUUAUAUACAGGUUAUUAGUUUGUGUCUAUGAGAUAAUUUGUAUAUGGGGAGCAGGUGGAGCCACUCCAGGGAAAUUUUUGCUGGGACUUCGUGUUGUGACAUGUGAUACAUCAGUACUCAUUGCACCAAACCGUGUUUUAGUGAUUCCUUCCUCAAAUGUUAAUUUAACAACGUCUAUUAUUCGAGCCUUGAUCAAGAAUUUUUCUAUUGCUUCUUUUUUUCCUGCUUUCAUCACACUGCUGUUUUUUCAGCAUAAUCGAACAGCCUACGACAUUGUAGCAGGAACCAUUGUGGUAAAAAGAAAUGGGGUUAGAUGAUGCCAAUGAAAAGCCCCGAGUUCCACACUUUCUGUAAUAAUGACAAGACUAAAAUUAUGUUUUGAGGCCAUCAGUAUCCCUGGGUUAAAUUAACUGGUGAUUCAGAAAUUAAACUGACACUCCCAUGUGAUGCAGAUGACUAUCCUGAAAGUAUUGACUUUACUUGAAUGCCAAAGAACUUUACCAGAAAAAGAAACAGUACUUACUAAAUGAAAAAGUGAAUUUUUUAGAUUGAAAAGAAGGCAGGUAGUGUCACAAUCAGCUAUGGACAUAUACUUUCUUACAUUCUAAGGCAUGAUGAUUUGCUGGGAGUAAUUUCAGCCUUGAGUCUCCAAAUGAAAUUUCUACAGCUUUUUGUGUUUAACACAAAAGGAUGGAGAAUGUCCAGUUGUGUUUUGUAAACACCUACAUAGUCCAGCUUUUAGGUAACACCUCUUAGGAAGAUUUCAACCUUUAUUUUCUCCUAGGGGAUGAAAUUUUAGUUAUUAUUCUACCAUCCUAUUAAUUGGUUACAUAAGAUGUGAAUUG